UCACAUAGACUCUUCGAAGAUUCGUCUCAUCGGAGGAUCUGAUACUUCUGAAGGAAGGGUGGAGAUCUUCUACGAAGGUGUUUGGGGAACAGUUUGUGACAAGACCUGGGACUUUCAGAGUGCCAAGGCUGUAUGCCAACUGCUCGGCUUUGAUGGGGCACUGGCCGCGCCUGGUGCUGCUGCCUAUGGCCAAGGGUCUGGAAGGAUCCUCGGUUGCGACUCCACAGAUGACAAACUAAAUUGCUACCAUCAAGGGAUUGGUGUCCUUGAUUGCCAUCAUGACGACGACGCAGGAGUCAGAUGCUACAUGGGGUCGGAUCCGUUCGAAGUUCGUCUUGUGGGAGGCGACGGAGCCGAUGGCGCUCCUGAUGGAAGGCAGGGUAGGGUUGAAAUUCUUUACGACGGAGCCUGGGGAACCGUCUGUGACAGCCACUGGGACGUCAGUGACGCAACGGUGGUAUGUCGGAUGCUAGACUUCGAUGGCGCACUGGAAGCAACGCAUUCUGCCAACUUCGGCAAGGGUUCGGGGGACAGUAUCUUGGAUGGCGUCCGCUGCAGAGGAUCAGAGGAGCACCUUGCAUACUGCAUGCAUGGUGGAUUCGGGACAAAUGUUUGCAGUCAUGAAAAAGAUGCGGGUGCCAUCUGUUUUUCCAAUGUUCGUCUCGUGGGAGGAUCGAACGCUGCCGAAGGCCGCGUUGAGAUACAACAAGGUGGUAGAUGGGGAACUGUUUGCCACGACCGAUGGGACAGUUUCGAUGCUACCGUAGUAUGCAGAAUGCUCGGGUUUCAAGGAGCCUUGGAGGCCCUGGGAUCUGCACACUUUGGCAAAGGAUCGGGAGAAAUCUUCAUGGAUGAAGUCCAGUGCGAAGGAACAGAGUUACGUCUAACAGAUUGUAAGCACAACGGGAUAGGUGAACACAACUGCGCACACAACGAAGACGCCAGCGUGGUGUGUGAUACUUUCCAGAAAGGCUGUUCUACAAAUAAAAACGUUGGUGUGAUCGUUGGUGCUGUACUAGGAAUUAUCAUCUUAGUACUGAUGAUCUUCAUCGGUGUGGCAGUUGUGAUAUUAUGGGGCUUCCGUAGGAUAGGGAGGAACAAGAAAAUAUACAAGGAUGAUCUUUCACCGUCCUUCCAAUCGGAGACCAUCGGAUCACUUGAACCUGGGGGUGUCAAGACCAAACCUCCAAAGCUGCCAGCUAGGGCAUUCACAAUGCCCAUAGGCUUUCGAAAAGGUGAAAAGUCCCCUCCAGGUGGGACGAUGGAAAUCUGUCAGAGUCCCAAACCUGAAGAUGCAGACCCCGUAGGCCUUAACACUGGCCAUGCUGGUGAAGAUUGCGUGUACAUGAGCAUGGAAGCAGAGUACAUGGCGCCCUCUGCGUCCAAUGAUGAUCAGGAUACAGUCUCGAGCACAUUGCACAGGUCAGUGGUCUCUGAUGAAGAAGGAAUAGUUGCAGUAAAGGACAGUGUUUACAUGGGGGACGAGCAGUUCGAAGCCCCCAAUCGUUCGGACAUCGAUGAAGUGGUCGCUUCUAGAGCGGAGGAUGAUAUUACUUCAGAAUAA